AUGCUUGCCUCAAUCGCAUCCCUCGCCCGCCCGGCCUUCCGCGCCGCACCGACAACAUCCGCCACCCUCCUCCGCCGCCUGCUCUCCAACGACGCCCGCGCAGCAAUCCAAAAAGCCGUCGACGCCAAGCCUUUGGUACUCUUUAUGAAGGGGACGCCUCAGUUCCCGCAAUGCGGCUUCUCGCGCGCGGUCGUGCAGGUGCUGGACUUGCAUGGGGUGCAGCCGGACAAGAUGGCGACGUAUAAUGUGCUGGAGGAUCAGGAGCUGAGGACCUCUAUCAAGGAGUUCUCGGACUGGCCCACUGUUCCGCAACUGUACGUCGGAGGCGAGUUCGUAGGCGGAUGCGACAUCGUGUUGAGUAUGCACCAGUCAGGCGAGCUCGAGGAGUUACUGGAGAAGAACAACGUGAUCCCCAAGAUCGAGGGCGAAGCAGCCGAGAAAGAAGUCGCCUCGUCAUGA